AUGAAUAUUUAUAUCCCGCUAAUAUGGAUGUUGGUCUGGCGCAGCUUCUGUCUUGCCUCGGACUCAAUGCUGCCUACAUCACAACCACAACUACCAACUUCCCACGAUGAAUCCAUGAAAGAUCACUUUACCAAACUUUUCGAGAAAUUUGACGAGUGCUUUGGGAAGGACUUUGAAAAUGAGGAUGAACAUAUGACCAAAAGAGAUGCAUUCGAAGACAAUUUAGAAAAUUUGCUUAUUAUGUUCAAUAACUCUGGAAUCUUAUUGGACUUAAUACAUCAAAUUUCGAACUCUCCUCUGCAAAUGGACAGCAUCACCAAUCUCAUUAUCCAAUUGCUGGGAAGAGUUUUAAACAUGAACGGUAGUGUCAGUUUAGGUAAUAUGACUCAGCUUAUAAACGAGACAGCUGAGGUGGGCAUUUCGGCCUUAACUGAGCUAUUUUUCGUUGACCUGCAGCGAAAUAUGUUAGCUAAUAGUGUGGGUUCAGUGUUAGCGAAUUACUCUUGGAUUGGAUCAAUAGUUAAUCAUAUCGGUGUUCACGGAUGGAUUACUAUACCGAAAGUCUUUGAGAUUGCCCGAGAUUACAAAAGUAGGGAUCCAAGCUUCAAUGGAACACGCUAUACAAGGAGAAAGAGAGACGAGGGAAAUUCAUACAAUGGUACCUUUCAAUCUUUCUUGGAUAAUUUUAUCAACUCAGCUGUCAAUUCACAGCUUGUCGCCGCCUCAAGCACAUCCGUGUUGAAUGCACUCAAUAACAGCGGUAUUCUUCCCUCAGUAGUGCAGCAGCUUGCUGGUGAUCAAGACUUUUUCUAUUUGGUUGGUUAUAUUGCAAACAGACUUUAUGACUAUGGCGUCCUUGAUGUCAUCGACUUGAAUGCGUUAUACAAGAGAGCUAAACGAGACAGAAUAUUAGAAAGAUAUCUCGAAUUUGGAUUAAGCAACCCAACAUGGGCUCCUCAGGUAGGAAGGUUCAUCUAUCAGUUGCGUGAGAAUGGUGCCCUCCGACAGUUUAAAUUGAAUCUUCUUGGGACUACAUGA